GUAUGUUACCAUAAGUAAACAAGGAAACGAACACGGCGGCUAGACCAUCUUUGGCACGCAAGCAUGCUUGAUCAUCUCGUUGGGCUGGACAAGAUGCUGGGGACAAGCCUGGAGUCUGCCAGGGACGCAUGGCAUUGGUCCAGGUCCCGUCUAGGUACUUGGUCGGAAUGGAAUCCCUCGAGUUGAGCCAAUGUCGGGGCUCUCCUGCGCGGGUCUGCCCUACCAGUCGGACCCCACCCUGUUGCGCGUAAUGGGAGAAAGUCCGGGCGGAUCUGAUGGAGGGGCACUCAGUGUUUGGGGACAGUCGCCGUCUGCUGUGCUGAGCUCAGCGCAUAGAGAGGCGGGGCAGGGUGCUAGGAGUCAAAUAAGACAGCCCAGCCGCCGUGGUUGAGCCCG